GUGCGAUGUGUUUAUCGCGAAGAUUUCAGUCAACACUCGACAGUGAUCGCUCGCGCAUAAUAGGUAGAUUCUCGACCGAGCAGAGGUGUCGGAGAUGAGAACUUGGAUCGCUCGGGCAAGAUUUCCGGGAGCGAGAUGGGAAUAAACGGUGUCCGGUGCAAAUCAACGACAUGUCUCGAACGUUUCGCACGCCCGAUAAAAGACAACAACGCAAACGCGCUACCAUCAGCCAUACGUUCGCCAAGAGCAGUACGCCGAAUGAAAAUACACCUGUAAAGCAUUACAGUAUAUCUUUGUCCGGGAUCGACACGGGCUCUUCGUCAAGCACAGGAAAAACUAAAAAGCGACUGCGCUCGCAGGUACAAGCCAAUGAACUCAUCGAUGAUCCAACAAAUUUUGAGAAAGGAAAAAGAAAGAAAACAGCCGAUAAAAAGAGACGAGUGGUAACUUGGUUGGCGGACAAUGACAGCGAAUGGGAAACCACAUCGGAGGAACUUAUCAAAGAGACCCCGGUAAAUGCACGAGGAUUUAUCCCGGAGAGUACUCAUGAUGAAUGUCAUGAUGAUACUCCCGCGUGUUGCAAUUUAUUCGAGGAUCCAUGCACACCGGAGAAAGUUCGAGAUGCGCCGAUGCAGCACGAGCUUCUGCCAGAAUCGCCGAUUAUUCAAUCUUCUCGAAGAUUGCGUUUUAUUUCGGCGAAGAACAACGUUGAACAUCGCGAAAAGUUGCUUCCGGUUUCAAAUUUGCGACUGUCAGAAACGCGAGACGUUAGUCCAGACGAGACAGACGAUGAGCUGAUAUUCCACCACGAGAAAGACGUGAAGACAUACUCUGCUCCGCCGAAGCGCAAGAAAAGCCCGGAACGGACAUCCAAGAAUUUCAGCUUUCCCUUGCGAUUUCUGACAGCAACGAGCGAUUUGCUCUGGGACGAAUUCGUCGACAAAUUUCGUGAUGAGAUAUCCCAAUAUUUAGCGCCAUCCUUUGCGCGAGUACCAGUCGAGCUGACGGAUUCCGCGUGCCUUCCUAAUGUCGACCUCGACAGAUUAAGAGUGAAACUGGUCCCUCCAGGUAUGAAAUUCUACCGUUCGGAAAUAGUCACGGACAGCAGCACACUUUGCACGAAUUCCGAGCUGGAAGACGGCUACGAACGAGAAAAUGCUAAGCGGCGAACCGAGCUCGAAACCGACGGACGCGGAACGAAGACUCGCCGAAGGAAGAUGCGGAAACGGAAGAGGAAAGGAGCGAUACCAGGAGAGGAGUUGAUACCUAUACAGAAACGAAAAGCGGAUAUAUACGAUCAAUUCGACGAGACGGACAUCGAAUUUGAAACUGGCGGUCCAAAUAAAAAACGCAUCAGUUUUCGUACAUUUUGCUGUAAGCAAAGGAAAAAUAAUAAAACCAAAGCACUUCCGACAUCUUCUCACUCGGAUACAUAAUAAGGCGAAAUAAGGCGUUGCUUUCAUUUCGUCAUUUAUUAGCAUAUUUUUGUUUUGUAUAUAUGCAUUAUUUAUAUUUACCAAUAUGUGCCUGUAAUUAUUUACUUAUUUGCACUUUUGGAACGCUAAGAUUGAUUCUGAGAAAUCAAUUGAACGAUCUCUCUGUUUAAAAUGCAAUAAAACUGAGAAAAUUUUUCCAGAAACAU